UCUUCCUUUCUGGGGCUUUGUUUCCCUAAUACCCACAUCCCGCUUAGAUCGGAUCUUUCUCAAACAAUUAUCAACAAACCCAAAAAACAGAGAACAAAAAAAAAAAAUCAUAUCCAAAAAAAAAAAAAAAAAAAGCUUUUUCUCUGAUUUUUUCAACAGAAAUUCUUGAACUUUUAUUUUUUUGGUCAAUUUGAUGGCCUAAAUCUUAAUUAGGAAAAUGGGGAAUGUAACAGCAGGUGUAGCUGCAAAAUUUGCAUUUUUUCCACCAGAGCCACCAACAUAUGAAGUAUUUAAAGAUGAAGAUGGAAGGGUUUGUUUUAGUGGAAUAACAGCUGAUAAGAAUGUAAAUGUUCAUUUGUUAGAUACAAAAGGUGGUAAUAAAAUUGUAGCUACUUUUUGGAAACAUCCAUCUGGCAGAUUUACACUUCUUUAUUCACAUGGAAAUGCUGCUGAUUUGGGACAAAUGAUUGAUCUUUUUGUUGAGCUUAGAGCUCAUCUUCGUGUUAAUAUUAUGUGCUAUGAUUACACGGGAUAUGGUGGAUCUUCAGGUAAGCCAUCUGAGUUCAACACGUACCACGACAUAGAAGCUGUCUAUAAUUGUUUGAAGAGCGAAUACAGCAUUAAGCAGGAGGAUAUCAUCCUAUAUGGACAAUCUGUUGGCAGUGGGCCGACACUACACUUGGCAUCUCGCUUACAGAGGUUAAGAGCCAUUGUUCUUCAUAGCGCUAUACUUUCAGGAAUACGAGUUCUAUAUCCUGUCAAGAUGACAUUCUGGUUUGACAUUUUCAAAAAUAUAGACAAAAUACAAAAAGUCAGCUGCCCGGUUUUAGUGAUCCAUGGUACAUCAGAUGAAGUUGUUGACUUUUCACAUGGUAAGCGUUUGUGGGAACUUGCCAAAGAGAAAUAUGAUCCGUUAUGGGUCGAAGGUGGGGGACAUUGUAAUUUAGAGACAUUUCCCGAGUACAUCAAGCACAUGCGCAAAUUCGUUAAUGCAAUGGAGAAACACUCGUUUUCUAAACGAAACAAAGGACGGCUUUCUCAAACCCCGAGUAUAGCUGAAUCCAAACACAAUAGAUGCUUAAGAUUUGGUAAGAGACAAAAAUGAUUUGCUCUAAGCUAGUUUGCUAAGAAAUGCUGCACAGCAUCAAGAAACAAAAGGUCCGCGUUAAUUGCAGCAACAUAACUGAUUCAAGAAACUGUUUGUUCUAACACCCAUGUUACCAACUCAAAGAUCGAGCUGCAGAGCAAUGUAGCACAGGUAAGAUUUGGCCAGUCCAUUAACGUGAUUAGUUUAUGCGUUGGACAAGAACAUAGUUGACUUGUCUGUUAAAUGUAACUGUGUGUAUUAUCCCAGAAAAAGAUUAUGGUUAGAACUUUGUAUUGAACUCUCUGUACAAUUAGGAUUCUCAGUGUUUUAUGUAGAGAUUAAAGUUUCUUGGCAAUAGAGAUGCAAAUUUAUUUGCUGUGUAUAGUCUACUCUCUCCGCUUCAAUCUAUUUGUCUUACUGUCCUUUUUAGUUUGUUUCAUAAAGAA